UCUCAGAGGCAGGUUUACACAUUUCUGUUGCUGCCUCAGGCGUGCGCACACCGGCUCCGCCAUCGCCGGAUUCACCUCAACGCUUUACUUUUGUUAGGAAACGCCCCAAAAAGCUUUUUAAAAACCGGUUCCGUUAUUCUUUUUAUAUCAAAUGUCUUGUUCUUUUGUUUGUGGUUGGACAAUGGAUCGUAAAGCCAUUUUAUCCUGGACUUUCCUUCUUUGUCUAUGCGUGAUGAUCUCCUCCGCUGCUGGCGCAAACACUGUUCUGAAAGAUGAAGAGGAGUUGGAAGACUGGUCCAACCGCAAGGCCCCAACUGGUCGGAUCAAGUACAACAUGAGGAAGAGCUUGAAUCUGGACCAGGAUGGCUGCUACCUGCAGAGAGGAAAAAAUGCUUCUUUAGAAGAGUGUGGCUUUAAUGCUACAGCUAAAACGAUCUUCAUCAUCCAUGGCUGGACGAUGAGUGGCAUGUUUGAAACCUGGAUGCGGAAGCUGGUUUCUGCAGUGAUGCAGAGGGAAAAUGAGGCCAAUGUUGUGGUGGUGGAUUGGUUGUCUUUGGCUCAGCAACUCUACCCUGAUGCAGUUAACCACACACACACUGUCGGCUCAGACAUCGCUGCCAUGCUCAACUGGCUUCAGGAUGAAAGGGCACUUCCUUUGGAGAAUGUUCACCUCAUCGGUUACAGUUUAGGCGCUCAUGUAGCUGGCUAUGCAGGAACAUAUGUAAAAGGAAGUAUUGGAAGGAUUACUGGCCUAGAUCCUGCAGGACCCAUGUUUGAGGGUGUUGAGGAGCAAAAGCGCCUUUCCCCAGAUGACGCAGACUUCGUGGAUGUUCUGCACACGUACACGCGAGAGGCUUUAGGUGUGAGCAUCGGAAUCCAACAAGCAAUCGGAGAUAUUGACAUCUACCCCAACGGUGGCGAGGUGCAGCCCGGUUGUGGACUUGCAGAUGUGCUGUCUUUGGCAGGAAAUUUCAUGGAGGUGAUGAAGUGCGAACACGAGCGAGCUGUGCACCUCUUCGUCGACUCCCUAAUGAACAAGGAGCACGUGAGCUACGCCUUCCAAUGCACAGACCCCCAGCGCUUCAGGAAGGGAAUCUGCCUCAGCUGCCGCAAGAACCGCUGCAACGGCAUCGGCUACAACGCAAGAAAGAUGCGCAAGAGGAGAAACAGCAAGAUGUACCUGAAGACUCGUGCUGUGACUCCUUUUGGAGGGUAUCACUACCAGAUGAAGAUGCACGUGUUUGACAGAAAACACUCAGAGAAUGCCGAUCCCACCUUCUUUGUCAAGUUGUACGGCUCCCACAACGACACGGGAAACAUGCCGGUGGAAAUCGCUGACUCCAUUGGUCUGAACCAUACAAACACAUUCUUGGUGUUUACUGAAGAAGACAUUGGUGACCUCCUCAAGAUCAAGCUGACUUGGGAGGGGGCGUCUGAAUCUUGGACCUCCUUGUGGAGUAACGUCAGGAAGUCCUUGAUGACCUGGAAUACCAAACCCGCCAAAGCUGUUUUGGAAGUUCGGCGGAUUCGUGUGAAAGCUGGAGAAACGCAGAAGAAGUAUACGUUCUGUGCACAAGACUCCUCACAAACGGAGAUCUCUCCAGGCGAUUCGAUAACUUAUGUGAAAUGUCGCGACGGCUGGGAAGUGAAACCGAAAAAACGGUUGCCGAUGUAACACCGUGGAUCAUCAAAAUGGGGGACCCAACAUGGAUUUUUGGGAGAGGCACUGCCUUCUCUUCAUUCGAGCACUUUUUGUGGGAGGAUUGAUCAGCUCACAGGGGAAAUGGGCUUCAUGUCUUGGACUGUGGAAUGUUGAAACUAAGACUUGUGGUGUCUGGAGGAAGAAAGAAAAAAAGGACUGCUGCAAAUGGAGCUCAGGCUGCUUGUGACUGCUCUCCUGCAUAAGUUAAGGUUGUCCAAAAAGCUGCAAAACAUUUUCUUUUGUGUGCACUUUUGAGGUUGAACAGAGUUGUGCCACUGAGGACAAGCCAGAAGUUGGUUUCUGUACUGUAUGUUUAUUUUUUAAUGUAUUUUAUUUAUAUAAAAAAUAAAGCACUGCAAGACCAAUGUUAUUUAUAGAAGUACAUCCCAGUAUGAAGCAAAUGGUUUUUCAUUCAAAUGCAGUAUUAGUGUUCAAGUGAUGUCUUUCUACUGAGAUUAUGGCCGUUCUAACUGAAGGCGGAUCUUCUGUGCAUGAGAUUUUGAGUGUCAUAUGGCUAAUUUUGGGAUGUCUGUACAUACUGUAAAUAACUUUUUUUUUUGGAGAAAAUAAAAUGACUUUGUAAGUUUU